GUAACGUUGACCUGGGGCUAUUCCGACUGUUCCCUCAUACUGCGAAGGAUUUGACCUGGAUUACCCUAGCUUUUUAUAUAACUUGUUCACCCCACUUGCAUAAGUGAUUUUGAAUCGCGAAUAGGAUUCCAUACCUUAUCCUUAGGCACAUGCUAAGAUGGAGCUGACUGCAGACCGCUUGGGUGAGAUCCGGGCAAGAGCUGGGGAAUAUCAUUCCACAACAUCGGAUCCGCAUGAAAGGAUGGGAAGGCAGAAAGAAGUACAUAAGAUUAACAGGUUCCAUGCGAGUGCGUUCCACUUAGGAGCCUUCCCUCUUGCCUCUCGCCAGUCUAAGCGACACACCAGUAGAAGUUAGAUUUUCUUCCUGGCUACGUCAAAAUGAAGGGCAUUUUAUCCGCUUGGCUUGUAAUCCUCGCUUCUUGCUUGGGUAUAAGUGCUGUCACUGCUCAGGUCUUCGACCCGAACAAGGGCAGCUCAUCGGGAUGGGACCCAGCUGUAGUCGGAACGAAUAAGACAACCAAUGCCACCUUCUCGAAUCCCGUCAUGACUUUCAACGUUGGAGAUCCUUUCAUGACCAAGUAUAGUGCCGACGGCGAGGAUUGGUAUCUUUUCACGUAUACGACGAACUCUAAUAUUACGUUGAAGCGCUCAAGAUAUCUCACCGACAACUGGAACGAUGCCGAGAGCAGGGUCGUCUUCAACCCAGAUCCUACUAGCGGAGAACCGUGGUCGACAAGCUUAUGGGCUCCCGAGAUUCACAAUAUAUCCGGUUCUUGGUAUAUUAUCUUCACUGCUACCUCUGACGGUGACAACCCACCGCCGCUCCUCGACGCCAUGUGCCCGAUUAAUUGUCCCGCAAUCAAUCAUCGUAUGUUCGUUCUUGCAGGUGAUGGGCUCGAUCCUUGGACUUCCAAAUUCGAGAUGAAACCUAUGCUAGAUACUUACGACAUGUUCGCCAUCGAUGGCACAUAUUUCCACUUCGAGGAUAGGCUAUACCAUAUCUACUCUUGCUGGGAGCAAAAGUACUCUUCAUGGCCGGCCAAUUUGUGCAUCACACGCAUGUCGGAUCCGUGGACGAUCAACUCAACGCUUUCCGAACGCCGGAUCAUCAGCACACCAAACGAGCCGUGGGAACAAGUCCCGUAUGGCCGUCCAAUCCGACUUGCGACAAAUGAGGGACCUCAGCAGCUCACGAACCCCAAGACGGGCCAGAACUUCGUCAUAUACUCUGCAGCUCGCGUCAACACGCCAUUCUACUGUCUCGGUAUGCUUGAGCUUGUUGGUAACGACCCAAUGGAGUACCAAUCGUGGAAGAAACACAAAGACGGAUGCGUCUUCCAUCAAAAUACAGCGACGGGCAUUUACGGCACGGGUCACGCAAGCUUCGUCUCUUCGCCUGACGGCUCCGAGGACUAUAUCGUAUACCACGCGCAAACGACACCAAAUCCAGCCUCGGACCUGUUUCGCACGGCUCGGAUACAGAAAUUCACGUGGAACGAGGACGGUACGCCUAAGUUCCCACUCGCGGAGAAUGGGCCCUUCCCUGUUCCGGCUGGGCAGCAAGCUCUCACACAUUAAUAGACGAUAAGAGUUAUGAUAGAAUAUAUAUUUGCAUAAUAGAUAAUAACG